GAAACACGCUGUCUGGCUUGCUUCUCUCUCUUUCCUCUCCACCAACCUUCCCUCUGUGUGAGGACACUCGGUUUCGAGAGUCCUCUCUCCCCAUCUGCUCCACUGGCAGCAAUGGGACUGCUUGCAUUGUAGUGUCAUCCUGGCUACAAUCGCGUUGUAAACAACCCCCAACCACACCCCCUCCUCCACCUGUCCAGGCUCGGUGAGAGUCGCGUCUGUUCACCAUGGCGACUACUUCGCACAUGUUCAUGUACUCCUUGACGAUCCAGCCUCCGACUGCGAUCACCCAGGCCAUUCUCGGUCAAUUUGCUGGGACCAAGGAGCAGCAGAUUGUCACCGCGUCCGGAUCGAAGCUCACGAUCCAUCGUCCCGAUCCCACCCAGGGCAAGGUCACGCCGCUCUUUUCCCAAGAUGUCUUUGGCAUCAUCCGCUCGCUGGCAGCCUUCAGACUGGCCGGUAGUAGCAAAGAUUACAUCAUCAUUGGCUCGGAUUCGGGACGCAUCACUAUCAUUGAGUAUGUGCCGUCUCAGAACCGGUUCAACCGGAUUCAUCUCGAGACAUUUGGCAAGUCGGGUGUCCGCCGUGUCAUCCCAGGCCAGUAUUUGGCUGUGGAUCCCAAGGGCCGUGCGUGUAUUAUCGCUUCUGUCGAGAAGAACAAGCUUGUAUACGUCCUGAAUCGGAACUCGCAGGCCGAGCUGACGAUCUCGUCCCCGCUUGAAGCCCACAAACCGCAGACACUGGUGUUUGCCAUGACGGCGUUGGAUGUCGGGUAUGAAAACCCGGUCUUCGCAGCGCUUGAGGUCGACUACUCAGAGUCUGAUCAGGACCCCACUGGCCAGGCUUUCGACGAGCUGGAGAAGCAUCUGGUCUACUAUGAGCUGGAUCUUGGACUCAAUCAUGUAGUUCGCAAGUGGUCCGAUCCCGUCGAUCGCACGGCUUCUCUUCUCUUCCAGGUCCCUGGAGGCGCAGACGGUCCCAGUGGUGUGUUGGUGUGUGCGGAGGACAGUGUUACCUACCGUCACUCUAACCAAGAUGCGUUCCGAGUGCCAAUUCCUCGGCGCAGCGGUGCCACUGAGAACCCGGAGCGUAAGCGUUCCAUCACGGCCGGUGUGAUGCACAAGAUGAGGGGUGCUUUCUUCUUUCUCAUUCAGACUGAAGACGGUGAUCUCUUCAAGCUUACCAUCGACAUGGUUGAAGAUGACAACGGUCAGCUCACGGGUGAAGUCAAGCGACUGAAGAUCAAGUACUUUGAUACUGUUCCGCUGGCCUCGAGCUUGUUGAUCCUGAAGAGUGGUUUCCUCUAUGUUGCCAGUGAGGCUGGUAACCAUCAUUUCUACCAGUUCGAGAAGCUGGGUGACGAUGAUGAGGAGAUUGAAUUCACCAGCGAGGCUUUCUCAGCUGACCCAUCAGUCCCUUGUGACCCGAUUUAUUUCAGGCCAAGAGGUGCAGAGAACCUCAACCUUGUUGAAACCAUCAACUCCCUCAACCCAUUGAUUGACAGCAAGGUGGUCAACAUUACUGAGGACGAUGCGCCUCAAAUCUACACUAUAUCUGGCGCUGGCGCUCGGAGCAGUUUCAGGACGCUCAAGCAUGGCCUGGAAGUAUCCGAGAUUGUCGAAUCAGAGUUGCCCAGUGUGCCUUCUGCGGUCUGGACGACCAAGCUCACCAGAUCAGAUGAGUUUGAUGCUUACAUCAUUCUUUCUUUUGCCAACGGAACUCUUGUGCUCAGCAUUGGCGAGACCGUCGAGGAAGUUACCGACACUGGUUUCCUCUCCACCGCACCAACGUUGGCUGUUCAGCAGCUCGGCGAGGACUCUUUGAUUCAAAUCCACCCAAGGGGUAUCCGUCACAUUCUCGCAGAUCGUCGGGUGAAUGAGUGGCCUGCCCCUCAGCAUCGGUCGAUUGUCGCAGCCGCAACCAACGAGCGUCAAGUCGCCGUUGCUCUCAGUUCCGGCGAGAUUGUCUACUUUGAGAUGGACUCUGACGGGUCAUUGGCUGAGUAUGACGAGCGCCGUCAAAUGUCCGGCACGGUUACCUGUCUCAGCCUGGGUGAAGUUCCCGAAGGUCGCGUUCGGAGCUCGUUCUUGGCUGUCGGCUGCGACGACUCGACUGUCCGUAUUCUCAGCUUGGACCCUGACUCUACUCUGGAGAACAAGUCAGUUCAAGCCCUGACCGCUGCUCCUUCAGCCCUGAACAUCAUGUCCAUGGCUGAUUCCAGUUCCGGAGGAACUACCUUGUAUUUGCACAUUGGUCUGUAUUCCGGUGUCUACCUGCGGACAGUUCUGGACGAGGUCACCGGUGAGCUCUCAGAUACUCGCACGCGUUUUCUGGGAUCUAAAGCUGUAAAGCUUUUCCAGGUGUCUGUCAAGGGACAAACGGCAGUGCUGGGCCUGAGCUCGCGUCCCUGGCUUGGGUAUUCUGAUGUUCAAACGAAGGGCUUCAUGCUUACUCCACUUGAUUACGUUGGGCUCGAAUGGGGCUGGAACUUCUCAAGUGAACAGUGUGUUGAGGGCAUGGUUGGUAUCCAGGGACAAAAUCUACGGAUUUUCUCUAUCGAGAAGCUGGACAACAACAUGUUGCAACAGUCGAUUCCCCUCUCGUAUACUCCGCGCCGCUUCCUCAAGCAUCCUGAGCAGCCGUUGUUCUACGUUAUUGAAUCUGACAACAACGUUCUGUCGCCCUCUACCAGAGCCAAGCUGCUGGAGGAUUCGAAGUCCCGUGGCGGUGACGAAACUACUCUUCCACCCGAAGACUUCGGAUAUCCCCGGGCCACAGGGCAUUGGGCUUCUUGUAUUCAAGUGGUUGAUCCCUUGGAUGCUAAGGCAGUCGUUCAUACCAUUGAGCUGGAAGAAAAUGAGGCGGCGAUUAGCAUUGCUGCAGUCCCUUUCACCAGCCAGGAUGAUGAGACGUUCCUGGUGGUAGGAACAGCCAAAGACAUGACUGUCAACCCGCCCAAAUCCGCCGGUGGCUAUAUCCACAUUUACCGCUUCCAGGAGGAUGGAAGAGAGCUGGAGUUCAUCCACAAGACCAAGGUCGAGGAACCACCUCUUGCCUUGAUGGGAUUCCAGGGCCGCCUGGUUGCUGGUAUCGGGUCGUUGCUUCGCAUUUAUGAUCUUGGUAUGAAACAGCUCCUUCGUAAGUGUCAGGCGCCGGUGGUGCCAAAGACGAUCGUUGGUCUGCAAACCCAAGGAUCUCGAAUUGUCGUUAGCGACGUUCGCGAAAGUGUCACAUAUGUCGUUUACAAGUAUCAAGAGAACGUCUUGAUUCCGUUUGUGGAUGACUCUGUGUCUCGUUGGACCACUGCCACCACUAUGGUUGACUAUGAAACCACUGCCGGUGGUGACAAGUUUGGCAACCUUUGGCUCCUCCGUUGCCCGAAGAAGACGUCUGAAGAGGCGGAUGAGGAUGGAUCGGGCGCGCAUUUGAUUCACGAACGCGGCUAUCUCCAGGGCACCCCCAAUCGCUUGGAGCUGAUGAUCCAUGUGUAUACUCAGGACAUCCCAACGAGCUUGCACAAGACUCAACUUGUAGCAGGUGGUCGGGACAUCCUCGUCUGGACUGGUUUCCAGGGCACGAUUGGCAUGUUGGUGCCAUUCAUCGGCCGAGAGGAUGUGGACUUCUUCCAAAACCUGGAGAUGCAGUUAGCUGCACAGCACCCUCCUCUCGCUGGACGGGACCACCUGAUCUACCGCAGUUACUAUGCGCCGGUCAAGGGUGUCAUUGACGGAGACCUGUGCGAGAUGUACUUUUUAUUGCCUAAUGAUACGAAGAUGAUGAUCGCAGCGGAACUGGACCGUUCUGUCCGGGAAAUCGAGCGCAAGAUUUCGGAUAUGCGGACCAGGGUGGCGUAUUAAUUUGAAUGGUUUCGGCGUCUACCAGGGCUAAUGUUGUAUGAGGGUUUCGGAUACCCCAUAGUUGAUUCUCCUUUUGCACAUGAAGACAUGUACAUUUACAUCAAAUACCAGAUUAUCC